AUGAACUACUCCUCGUUGAAUAGAAAUCUCUUCGUUAAGUUUAGUAACGCUGGACAUAGGUCCCAAAAUGAGGAAGCCAAAGGGGCAUUAGGUUCUGUUGCAAGAAGAAGAACCUUAGAAGAGCUUUCCCGGGGUAGUGGACAGAAGGGAACAAACCACCAAUGGGGGGUAGCAACUGAUGCAAUUGGUGAACCAUCUGGCGGCGCCAAGAAAAAAAAAAAAAUAGAUGUCUUACUCGAGAUAGAUGAUAUUUUGAAGGACCACGUCCCUGUGAAGGAGGAGAACGUUCCAAGCAGCAAGAAGAAGGGACCACAACAGAAGAGUGGGGUACUUGGCGCAGCAGGCAAAGGACAGGCGGCUCUGGCGGAGGCAUCAUCUUUGGCACCAUCCUCAGUAUUGACGUCGGCUUCUGCACCUACUUUGGUAGUCGCUGCUCCAGCACAGGGAGGGGUAACAAACGGGUCGAUGCUUCCCCCCCUUGGGGUAAAAAGCGAAAAGAAAAUACCAAGCAGUGCACAAGAGGGUGCAUUUAAAAAAAAGCUGGAUAUCGUGGAGGCGAGCUUCAGCGUGGUGGACAAGUGGUCCACCCAUAUAGAGCUGAUUGACUUUGUCAGGAACAACAUGAGGAACAACGAGUUCAUCUACGUGCGGAGCCUGCCCGGAGGAGGGUACGAGAAAGCGCCCUGCGGAUCCAAGAAGGAAGAAGGAGUCAUGUCCAUAUCGCUAAGCGGCGUAAUGACCAACGAGAAAAACGAAACGACCUUCUACGAACUGAACGAAUGGAAGAGCCACAUAACUCUGCUGAACAGUGCCCUGAGCUUGAAGUUCGUGAGAAAGUUCCCCCUUUACAAAUAUUUUUUUCUCCUGAAAAAUAUGAUUAAGUCGUCUAAAUUCAAGAGGAAGAAAAAACACAUAAAGGAGAACCUGUUGUUCCUGAAUGAGCACUUCCUCAGAGGGUUCGUAGAGAUACAGACGAUUUUGGACGAGCUUAGAGAGUACAGACUUAUCGACACAAGCAUCAACAACAUGAGUUUGGAGCAGUUUAAGAUUUUCCAGGGAGAGUAUUUCCCCAAAUUUGAUUCCUUCAUUAAGGGGAAGCUCAACCAUAUUGCUACGGUCAUAUGUGAGUAUAGCUUGAAGGCGCUCAAUGGGUUUCUGGAGAAGAACGGCAUUGUGCAGGGGGAGCGUGUACAGGUAGGGGGUGGGCCAACAGUAGCGGUGCGAAAUGGACCGAUCGGGGUGAAGACGGUGAGGGAUCCCACUCAACGGGGUACGAAGAAGGGCGGACCAGACACCACCCUCAAAACCAACAUGAAUGGUAACGCCGAUGUCGAUAUCGACGUUUAUUACAACAAAAUCGCGCUGAGCAGCUGCUAUUGCGUGUAUAUAAAGCGGUUCAUACAGAUGUGUCAGUACCUGUGCGAUGAUACCCUGAGGAGCGUCAUCCUGAAUACUUAUGAAUAUUUUCUGGGAUUACUGAAUAACUACUUCGAGGAGGAUGAAAAUGGGGAAGAUAUACCAGGGGAGGAAGGAAGUGUCGACAAAAAGAACAGAAUCAAUGCAGAUACGUCCACCACUCCAUUUACCGGAACGAAGGGACUCCCCAAUGGUGGAUCAUCUCUGAUGAAGCAAGCCAGUGGAGCGGUCUACUCUCCUUAUGCUCAAACUGGGGAACCUGGUAACAGUUGUAGGGUUAACGAAAGUGCAGUAGGAAGCACACGGGGGAGGAACACUCCAGGGAAGGUGCGGGAUAAAGAUGGUACCCCCUACAGGUUGAUCAAAGUGGAAAACAAAGAAAACAACACCCACUCGGACAGUGCAAACGUAGGAAAUAACAUAAAUACUAUGUAUAGCAAAAGUAACAGUGCAGGAAAUAAAGCGAAAAACGAAGUGUGUCUCUUCAGCGUUGUUCUACACGUGGAAAAGGAUCAUCUAAGGAUAACGCCGGAUUGUAACCUACUCAUAAAUACCCUAAUGGGGUGUUUUUACACGGGCAUUGAAAAUAUAUGCAUGCGUGAGGAGUUCUUUAACUACUACAAGGUGAGGGAAUUCUUCUCGAGCGAGAUUUUUGUGGACAGCGUGAUUUUUCGCUCGGGUAGGACAGAAACUGGGGGGGAGAUUGAACGAAGCGCCCUCGAAAAGACACUACUCAUGAGUGAUUCGGAGUCAAUAGACGCAAAACCGAACCAAUCAUUGGCACACCAAUCACUGCUGCACGAAUCACCACCCGUGAGCAGCUUCGCCAGUGCCAUCCAGGCAGAUGAAACGAUCCAACACCUGGACGAGGAGCUGAAGGAAAAAAUGAAAAUAAUGUAUAGCUCGAUGGUGGAAUCUUGCAGCGAAUUUGAGGAGAUCAUACAACUGCACAACAAGAACGAUCAGAUCGAAGUGGACCAGAUAGACAUCAUGAACACACAAUCCAUUUCGCAACUUUUUACCUCCUUUAAAGAGUUGGAGAAUAAAGUAAAGAGGAUGGAUAAGCAUAUUCAGAUACAUCUAUUUAAAGUGGAUAAUGCGCUUCUUAUAGAUAAUCUGCUAAACAACAUUAGAACCAAGUGGAACCACCUGAUCAGUUACUUACCUUCCUUGAGCAACCAAACGAUAGAGGAACUGACCACCAAACUGGACACAUCCUUCAACCUCAUAAAUAAUACCCCGUCCACCAUUAAUGCGCUGGUCGAGUAUAUUACCUUUACGAAUAAAUUUGCGAACGAACUGGUCAGCAUAGAGGAAAAUGUAGAAUCCAUAUCGUCUCUUUUUCUUCUUUUCAAAAAAUACUACAUAAGCAUGAGUGGCAACUACACCACCAAGAUUUUUCACAUAAAUCAAAAAAUGAAUGCCAUGAAAAGUAUCCUCCAUAAGGAGAAGAAUUACGACAUAGAAUUUAGCAACCUGUUUAGGGAGCUCACCCUGCAGAUCGGCCAAGUGGAGCAGAACAUCCAAAGAAUUCUAAGCAUCGUGAAGGGCAAUCUCGUCCAUUUUAACUUUGUGCACUCGCUUGAAGAGAUGGAGUACCUCCUCGAGUGCGUCACCCCUAUUGGGGAUAUCCACGAGGAGUACUACUCUGCGGAGGGGGGAGGAGAAGGUGCCAAUUCGGGUGGAGCAUCUGAUGACCCCCCCUUCCAAAUCGGCCCCGACGAUGAAAUACAAGUGCUGAACGAAGAGACCAAAAGACGCUGCUACAUUUUUGAGCUGCUCGAAUUCCUGAGGAGAAAAAUCUUGGACGUAAAGAAGGAUGUAGACAAAUACAUCUUCUACCAGAAGGUUCUUAAGAAAAAGAAAAAUGCAUUUGUGAAUUUUAGCUUGCUAAAAAAUAUGUUCCUGAAUAACAGUCUUGCCAUUUAUACCUACUACAAGUACCUCUGUUGUCACGAAAAGCAUCGAAGGGAGAAGAUUUUCCGUCUCGAUGUGGACUGCGUGUCGUCUGAAAUAGGGGCCAUAGAUGUGUACUUCAAAAGGAUCAACAAGAACUUUGUGAAUGGCGAUUUUUACGAGCGUUGCAGUAGGUUUCAGAGGACCUAUGAGAGUGCAUUACGUGUUCUGAAACUGCUAAGUCUAGUCCGUGGAAGUGGGAAGUACUUCAACCGGGCGGUGGCCGUGCUGAAUGGUGCCAAGGGUGGGGCCGUCCCGGAGGACGUGGCGUGGGUCAGCAUGGGCGGUACUGACAUUAGCCGUGAUGAUACUAACAGGGAUGAUACUAACAGGGAUGAUACUAACAGGGAUGAUUCUAACCGGGAUGAUACUAACAGGGAUGAUUCUAACCGUGGUGAGAUUAACCCUGAUGAGACCACCGUGCUUCCCACCGCCCAGGAGCAAAUCGAACUGAGGCAGCUGCUCCACCUGCACUUCGCCAACAGCAUCCCGGACCUAGAAAACAUCUGCUACGAAUACGAAAAGGAAAAAAAAAUGAACGAACAGUUGGAAAAACUCAAGGUAACCCUAAGGAAGAACAAAAUAGACGUCAAUCUGGUGAACAAAAAGGUGUACUUCGUUAACAACGUGGCUGAACUGUUGCACAAUUUGAAGGGAACCCUGUCGGAAUUGUUCGUCCUGCAGAAUGACUCCUUCAGUAGACACAUAUACCCAGAACUGUAUAAGCUAUCCACUCAGAUCAGGAACUUCAUAAACAUAUUGGGCGUUAUUAGUAAAAUACAGACGUGUUAUCUUGAGCUAGCGAAGCAUAAAAACAGCGAACUGAAGAAGGCUCUAAAAACGGACCACCUAUCUGCCAUAGUAGGUAGGUACAAGCAGAUGUGCGAAGACUUGUUCAUAUACCCACAGAUAAUGAAGCACUUAGAAAAAACAUACCAGUUGGAGGAAUUUGAAAAAACGGAAAGGGAACUAAAAGCCAUUCUGGAACAGGUGGAAGCAUACACUCUGCAACGACGAAGCGAAUGGUACACCUUCUUCCUCCUCACCGAUGAGGAAUUUUUAGACGUCUAUUUAAAUAUGAACGAACUAAAGUGCCUGAACAGGUAUGUGCAUAAGUUAUUCCCCUAUGUGAAGAAAUUUAUUUUUCAAAAUGAUUCCAUUUGUGGGAUCAUAACGUCGGAUAAAGAACGGGUUCUAUUCAGGGAAGAGAUAAAAUACAAGAAGACUGAGUUUUUGCUAAACGAGAUAAACAGCGAAAUUAAGAAUGCAGUGGUGAGGGGUAUCCAUGGAUAUGCUGAUCGGAAGGAAUUCUUGGCUCCGUUGAAGGAAGACUCCUACCUGUUCUUCUGGCAGAUGAAGAAUUUGCAACAACUUUUCAUCCUGAUCAAUGUGUUCUUUACGCACAUCUGGGAGGGCUUCGUCCACGACGCGCAGAAGAGCAAGUACGUCAUCUACCUGCUGGAGGAGAAUCUACGCAGGAUGGUACAUGCGUUGGCCAGGGGGACAAGCGGACGUGAAGACGAUGCACAUGGGGAGAAAAACUCCAGCCAGGUUGAUCAGCAGAGUGGAAGCCAGGAGAAGGGACAGGCACCCCCCGGCCAACCCCUGCAGAGCAACAAAAGCUGGGGGAUCAUCUUCACCUCCUUUGCUCAGAUGCGUGAUAAGUUGCAGACCUUCCUAAACGAACAGGGCAGCGGCGCCAUGGCGGGUAACUCCAGUUACGGCUACCUGGAACAGGUGAAGCACCACCUGGACAAAGAGACAUACCAUAUCAAAUUUUUUAAUCACAGUAUAAAAUACAAGUACGAACUUUUACCAAAUGAGAAUUACACAAUGGACAUUCUGUAUCACGAGAAAAGUUAUGGGUUCUUUUUUUACAAGUACAUUCAAAACGGGUUCAUUGUAUUGCCGUCGAGCUGCAUCUACGGGAUCAGUCACUCGAAGAAUUUUUCCACUCUGUUAGGAUUUCACUACAUCUUAAUUAACAACAAGGGGUUAAACAAGUCGGACCUGCUGAACUACAUAUCGUGUAGCUUAUCCUCCAACGUGUCCGUUUUUCUUCACCAAGUAGAUGCGUACCGGCCGGAGGUUCUAUCUGUACUGAAUGAACAGCUAGCCAACAUUAGAAACCACUUGGUGAAUAAAAUGAAGUCGAUAAAGAUCAACGGAAGUGAAUUCAACCUCAGCAAAAAGAACCUUAUGUAUAUAUCGCUGUCGGAUCAGUCUCUUCCCUUUGGGGAGUACUACUCAGAAGGAUGUUCUGUAAACCCGGUGACCAGGCUGCAUUUUUCCCUUUCGGUGCACAACCCGGCCAAGCCCUUCUCACUGACAGUGCUCUUCCUUGUCUUCCUCUCGUGUGGGCCCAAUCGAGCGCAUGUCUUGGCGUCUGCCACGUAUAUGGCUUUCCAGUAUUUGAAGCAGCACGAAUUUUUGAAGCCACACCUGGACGAAAGGACGCUACUCCGUGCGGUAAAAAUUGCCAGAUGUGGGAAGAACCCAUGUGAGGAAUACACCGUGGUGAAGGGAAUCAUCCAACACGUGUCUUCUUUUGUCCAGAAUUCCAAAUGGAGGGAACUGGCAAAAGACAUGUGUCUACUGUUUAAUAUCCCCAAGGAGUGGAGAGACAAGCUACUCAAGUGGGUAGAGAAGAAGGAAGAAUCAGACCAGCAAGAAGUGUACUCAGCGGAAGAGACGACUUGUGAGAAGACAUGUCAUCCAGUAGGAACCUCGUGGGAUCAACAAGUAGACCACAUAAUAACUGACCUAAUGGUGGAGAAGAAAAUGACCUUCAUGAAAUAUCAAGUGGAGAAAUCAUUACAACUGUAUAAAAUUUUGAAUCAGUGUAGUUUUCGCCAAAUGGACGAAGUGAAGUGCGAUCAGAGGAGCGUUACAAACGUUCUGCUGGUGGGGAAGAAGUAUGCUGGAAGGAGCACCAUCGUCUUUAUUUUGGCGAAUUUGGUUAACCGUUUGGAGGUGGCAGAGAAGGGCACUUAUAAUCACUGCACGGUGGAGAAGAUCGACCUGAAUUAUUGUGAGGAUGGAGAUUGCCUCAGAUUUGUGUUCGGCCGAAAUGGGAGAGGUGCCCCCGUGGGGGAGGAGAAGAAACAGUCAGGUAAAGAGGCGAUUGAAAUGGGAGUAACAGCCUCAAAUGGAGGGGACAAGCCUGAGGAAGCAUCUCCUGGGAUGAAGAACGACCAGCUUUGCACCAACAAAUUGGGGGAAAAAAAAAAAACCCAAAUGGAACCCACAUCCACCGAUGAGGGAAGAAACAGUAGGAAUGACCCAAAUGGGAAGAACAACCUCAAUCAGUCUAACCAGUGGGAUGGAAAAUCUGUUCCGAACAGGAGGAGAGUGCACAUCAGCCUCAUCAACGUAAGGGAUAGUACCUUCGUGGAGCGAAUUAUCAGCCACACGAUGAAGAAGAACCUGCUAAGCCAAAUGGACAAACAGGAAGACGACUGCAAGCAUCACUGCUAUGUAUUCACGCCAGAACGGUUAACACAAAUGUCUCCUAACCUCAUUGGAAAGUACCACCACGUGCAAGUGAGACACACCGUCCCCUUUCUCCCCUUCAUCACGCAUGCGGUAGAGAGAAUAAAAACAUACAAAUCGGCCAAGAAGAAAAUCGUUAAGGUGUUUGAAGAUUUAUUUAUCGAGGCGAUGAACUUUUUUAGGAAGCACAGGAGGAAGGGUGAUUAUGGUGGUAAGGUGAACGUCCCAUUUGAGAGACCCCCUGGGGAGACGUUUUCCCCGUCCCCGUUUAUACCACAUGGGGGGGAAGUGAGUCAAAAUGACCGUAGGGGCAUUGACAAUCAUCCCCACUGUGACCGUAAUAGCAGUUGGCGUGGAGGCAAAGAGGAAGGACCGAAAUAUGUGGACCAGCAGAGUGACGUGGAGGAGGAAUCUGAUGAGGAAGGCGAUAACGACGUUAGGAAGGACGAUGGUGUGGUCCAUUUUCUGCACAAAGGAAGGGCCCAAGUGAGCGUCCACGUGAAUACUCUGAUCAGCCACUUUGUACAAUUUGUGGAUUACUUCGUAACAACGCUGAAGGAGAAAAAAGGAACGGAAAAAAAAAUCCUAGACAACCACCUGAACAACAUAAUCACGAUCAGCUUUGUCUACGCGUUUACCUCCUUCAUGGAUAAAAAAUUUAGAACCCAAUUUGAGGGGUUCAUUUUUAAGCACAUCAACAACAUUUCCAUAAUCCCAAGGAACAGUUCCUUCAUUCAUCUACACUACAAUGCAGAAACGAAUAAAAUCAUGAGACAUGAAAAAAUGUUUUCAAAGGAAAGUGUCCACAUAAGUAAAAUGGAUCUAGUGGAUAACGCCCUGUUCGUUAAUGAUACCUACUUCCUUUUUGAAGACGCCAAUAUUCUAUGUAUGAAAUAUUUGGUAAAUGUUUCUUCCUACCUUCGUAUGCCUCUUGUUCUCAUGGGGGGAUCUAACUCAGCGAAAUCCAUGUGCAUCUAUAACCACCUGAACUCGGAUGACCAAAAAAGGGCGAACCUUUACAACUUCACCUUCCGCUUUAAUGCACUCUUUCGGUACAACCGAAUUGUUAAUAAGUUGCGUCGAUCGUUUGAUCUGUCUAAGGGGUCCGUGCGGGACGACGUCACCAUCUUCAUCGAUGACGUAAAUUGUCUGGACGGGGAUUCCCGUCUUACGAUGGAGUUUCUCUACGCCCUCGCCGGGAGCAGCACCUUCUUCGACCGGGAGCUCGCAACCAACGUGGCGUUACCCAGACGCAGGAUCUUUUGCACUCUCAACAGCGAACAUGCCAUGCAUACACAGGGGGAUUAUCACAACUUAGAAAAGAUGCACCGGCACUUCUUCAUCCUUAACGUGGGGGAGAUGGACACAAGGGACAUCCACAGUGUCUACUCGAGUGUGAUUGAGGCGCUCUUCCUGAAAUAUAAUUUUUGCGAAGAGGUGAUAAGCGAGUGCAACAGCUUCAUCAAGUGCAUCCUGGAGAUAUUCGAAGGCGUCAUGGGAAGAGCCCGGGGAGAGCAAAACGACACGCUGUACCCGCACCAGCACUUGCACCUGCACACAAGUAGAAUCAACAACCUCAUCAACCACCUGCUGCUCUGCGAUAGGGACACCACCAACAGCAUUAAUGAAAUAUUGCUUUUUUUUAAAGAGGACUUGUAUCGAAUCCUCUGCAGCGAUGUCAUUUCUCAUGCACAGAUUCAGCAGUGCAGACAAAUCAUUGAGCAAUCUUUCACCACCCGUUUUGGAAAAUACAUCCUGCAGCAGAGUAAUGGGUUCUUUUUAAGUCGGCAACAAAAUAAGCUGACUGUUCAGGUAAAAUCUGACCUUUUUAAUAACCCACAGGGGAAGAUAAAUCAUAGCUUCGUGAGUAGUUUUUUUGAGGACAAGAAUGUAGGACACUUCUACGACGACGUUGUAAGGACCGUGUUGAUGAUAAAUUCCUUUCUCCUCUUAAGAAGAAGCAAUGUCGUUUUUUUGAAUGAGCAGGAGGAUUUACUACGGAAGGUUGUUUCCAUUUAUUGUGCGUUCAAAAAUGAUUGUGCUGUCUGUUUGGCAGAUGAUGUGGAUGUGGUGAAAGGGCAACUGCGGGAGGCCUACCACCGCACGGUGAAGUCUCUCCUGGGGGAGGAUGAAGCAGUUAAUGAUACCAGCAUAGAUGUGGAACCAAUGAGGAGCUCCAACCUGGAAGGACCCACCUUGGGUCCCCACGGGAGAAACAUCUUCCUAGGCCGCUUCCCCUGUAGUGAGGAGUACCUGGACCUGAUGGAUAACGUACUGCACAACGGAGACCUGGACAGACUCUACGAAGACUUCACCAACCAUUACUACUUAGAUAUAGUCAGCCUAAUCAAGCACAAACAAGUUAGAAUAGGAGGAAACAUGCAGAACUACAUCGCACCGAUGCUCCUAAAGAGGAACCAUUUUCUCUUCUUCACGAAUCACUAUCGGGAGUACCAUAAGACUCACUCUUCUCGGUUUGUGCAUCUGUUCAAGUCUUUCCACGUUGUCCACUUGGAUUUUUUCCACUUUGAGGAGAGUAAUAUUUUUCUGUUCAACUUAUCGUUGCCUCUUUACAACUAUGUGAAGGGCAGACCUACGUACCGCUUCCCCAGUGAGGCGCAGUGUGGAUUACUCCCUGCAUCUACCUCAGAUGUGGAGAUCCCUCUGGAAGUUCGCUUCCUCGUUAAAAUCAGUGGAAGUUUGAACGGGCUGCUGGCAAAUCAGGGCAUCCACCACCACCAGUGGGAUGAUCAUUCCGUCGCAGGGAAGGUACCCCACUGGAGGAACGCAAACCCGCAGUUCGACGCAGCUAUAUUUGUGAAGAAGACGCACCAAGUGUACGCCACACUGAAGGGGGUGGAACUGAACCCGUUACUGAACAAACGGGACAAAUGUAAAAAGUUCAUCGAUCAGUUGGUCAGCCCAAAUGAAGAAACACACGCACUAAUUUGUCAGAUAGAAGAGAAAAUAAGAACGAAGCAGAAGGAGAUGGAUCUCAUGAACAGCCACGUGGAAAACUCCCUCAGAGAGUACCAGGAUAAAAUACAUAAAGCGAAAAAUAACUUGAAAAAAAUUACCAAGGAAGACUUCAAUCUCUUUAAGCAUGAGAAUGAAAACCGCUAUGGAGGGUUCCUGAAAAUCGUGUACCUCUACUUUGGCCAAAGAAAUGACGAGGACCACAUACAAGGUUCCUUCCACUAUGGGUUCUUUCUCCGUCGAGUAAAAAAUAUAGUAAUAGAUUCUGUUACGAAAAGUCUCAUCCUAAAGUACGAAAAUGUGUCCAAUGUAGAAAGGUUCCUCAACUAUAGGUUUGUCCAAAUUUUAAAUGCCUUUAUCGUUUCGGUUAAUGAGUAUGUGAAGAGAAGGGAUUCUCUUCUGACGCAACGGAAGGGCGUGAUCCAGCUGAGGCAGGAUAUUUCUGCCUUAAGGGAGGACUUGCGGAAGGCAAUGCUAAGCGCGGCUCCCCCGGAUGUGCGCGAUUUGCUGGAGGAUCUCCUCACCAUUGACCAAACGACGAAGGAAGAAAUAGAACGAAGAACACACAUCCUCCUUCCGUUGAAAAGCGUCCUCUUCAUCUACUGCUCCGCCAUGGAAUCGAAGGAGAAAAAGAAAUUCAUAAAAUUGCUGAUGAAGGAGAGGGAGAAGUACAGGCGGAUGAGUCUCGACGCAGCGGGGCACCCUGAACAGACCCACUUAUGCGGACCCACCUGGGGUAACCUGACCCCACGGAGUGCACUCAACCUAGAGAACUAUCUACCCCCCACAUUUAUAAGGGAAUAUGAAGAGUUGCAUCUCUGCUGGGACAACAUGCUCAUGUUUAAUUGUCACCUGCUCGAUGUUCUGCACGAGAAGAUAAUCAUCUGCAUCGACCCCUUCCAACAAAUGAAGAAGUACCUUCUUAAGAAGUUCCGAAGGGACGAGGAAAAGUACGUCUACGUGAAGUGGAAGUGCGGUUGGGAGAUUCACGCCGUUGGAGGGGACUGCCAAGGGGGAGUUGCCCCGUUGGGGAAGGAGCUUCCAAGUGAACAAGGACACAAUACCGACACGAGCCACGAUAAGACGGACCUCCCCAACAAAGAGGAUCAUGUUGCUCACAUCACAAACAAGAUAAGGAGCUACCGGAAGAGGGGCUUUAACGUUGUGUUCAGAAACGUGGAUGAACUUAUUUACUCACUUGUGAACGAGGGCACAGAUGGGUCUGGAACUGUGUACCUCUUUGCCGACUCUGUUGAAGGGAUUGACUUCACGAAGAUUGGACAGGACCACCACGUCAUCCUAUGCGAUUAUAAAAAGAGGAAUCUACUUAACCUGUUUGCUUACUAUUACGACAAGGGGGCGAAAAGCCGUUCGGCUGCGGAGUUCCCAUCGGUCGUGAGGGCCAUGCACGAGGAGGAGGUUCUGCGCCGAGCGGCUGACCUGCUCGAUAAGCAUGCCAAACAUGGUGACGAAGAGGAGACGCAAAAGAUCCAGUCGGAAGACUCACAAGAGAAGGAGAAAAUUGAACGAAGCGAAGAAAACGAAUUAACCGUUCUUACCACUCCCACGGAAAAACUUGUCAUCCUAACCUAUGCGGCCUACCUGCUAACGCAGUCCCUCGGGAUGAUGAGAGAGAGAUACAAGUUCCCCCACUGCAACUUCGUAAAAAUGGUUAAACGGGCCAGCAAGCUAUUCAACAGAGAGAAGAGCAAAGACAACGAAGCGUAUGUGCUAAACUUUUUCUACUUUCACAUUUUGUCCUUCAUCGAUAGUAAGCAUACUCUAUUGGUAAAUUUUCUGCUGAGCAUUUACCUGGAUGUUUACCACUACAAAGCGAUAAAGUGGAAGGAAGUGUUUUUAUUUUUUCGAAGCUACAACAAGGGGUGGGAGAAGCGCUUACUUCGCUCCAUUGGGGAUAAGCGAAAGAGGGACGCUGCAUCCGGAGAAGGGGAUUGUCCCGUUAAGCAUCACAACGAUACAAUCUCACCAGGGGAUGAUCCCGUUAAAAAUGUGGACACUUCAUGUAGGAGUAUUUCAAAUGAGGGGUUGUCCUCCCCCUUUCAACGCGAAAAGUGUACCUCUCAGGGGGGGAAAGAAAACUUUCAGAAUGACGAAGAGAACUGGUUGAGUGACGUGUGGGAUAGUUCCUCUGCGUAUGAAAGUAGCAUAUGCGAUGAAAACUUUGGCUUGGUGGAUAAUGAAUUAGGGGGGGAACAUUAUUCUGUGGAUUUACCCAGGGAGGAGGGACAGUGGGAUGGAAGAAGUGAAUCCUUGGAAGGUAAGACAAACUUUUGGGGAGAAAAAAUGGCCUAUGGGGUGAAGGAAAAUAGGGAAAGUCAAAUUGUAAAGUGUGUGGACCAAUCAUUGCAGCUGCUUUAUGUAGAGAAGAGGAAGCUGAGGGGGGUGUUCUGCGGGGGGGAAGAGGAGGAGCAGUUGCAGCGGCAUGAUGAUGGUGAUCAGGAGGCGCCUGUUAAGAAUGGCAAAGCGAAAAGUGGAGAAACGGCAAUCCAUGUAUGCCACCACACUGACAGCAGCGAUGACAACGAACUGGACCAAUCCGUUCACGCGAUUCGUGAGGAGGAAGACUCCAUCGACUACUAUCUGCCGGAGCUUCUACAUCUGAGAAGGAGAAACCCUUGCGUCUUCAAAAAAUUACUGCAACAUAUUAAGAAGAACAAAAAGACAUGGAACAGAUACGUUAGGACGAAUUCCCAUGUUACCGAACCGACAGGUGGUACAGGUUGUGCAGGUGAAGAGAAUAAAAUGGAAGACACGUUUCCACUGAAGGAGUUUACCAAGCCAUCCAUGUUGUUUUACAAAAUGGUCAUCGAUAAAAUUGUUAAGAAGGAGGAGUUUGUCCUGUCGGUUAGGAAGUACGUAGAUGUAAAGCUGAGCGGAAUGAUUUACUUGGACAGAGAAUUGGUGAACAAAAAUUUGUGCCAUUUCGUUGCAUCUCACAUUGGUGUAAACUCUGCGUUCAUCAUGGGGGGAGAGCAAUCUAUAAGGCACAUAACAGGCGAGCGUGAUAAUUCCCACAGUGGUGAUGUGAAUUCGGGGGAACUCUUCAUAGAAUCCGUGCAACGGGGAGACUACUUCAACUCCCUCCUCAGAGAAAGAAAAAAGCUGAUCAUACUUUUGCAAAAGAACCGACACAGCUUUGCCUUAUCAACGGUGAUGCUAAGCAACAACAAUGUGCUAUACGUAGACGUAAAAAAUGCGUCCAACUCCGUGUCGUCAAAGCAGAAUGACGUGAUCGUGAUGGACCUUGGGGAGGAGGAGGAAGACGUCCACAAGGCGGAGAAGUACAUAAAGGAGAACACACACAAGAUAUACUUUGUCUAUUAUAACCGCAUGGAUAGUCUGUCACCUACCCUGAUGCAAAACGCCAUAGUGGUUAACCUGGACUUCGCGCACAAUUCGAGGGACUACCUGCACUUUCUACACUUCUGCUUUAGCUGCAUGAGUGUUCGUAACGCAUCAAGUGUGAAAGAAAUAAUCGCGGAGGAAGACCACACCAGGGGGGAUACUUCCAGGUGUCUUUUCUUCACCAUUUUGUUUUUCUCCCUGUUGAAUGAACAGGGUCCCGUGGAAAACCUAAACGUCAACGUGGAUUUGCUAAAUGAGAUGGUUGGCACAGUGGAGGCAUUUUGCGAAGUGGCCCAGAAGGGCGGUCGCUACGCAGAGGUGGGUCAACUGGAAAAUCACCACCAGGAAGCUGCACAGCGAGACAACCUGGAUGACCGUGCAAAAUACAAAGCGAACCUGAAAAACGCAGAGAAAUGUAGGGACUUCCUCUCCAAUCAUUUGAGGGCAUUUGUGGAACUCCUCUUUCCCCAGGAACUUAUACUAACGAAGAACAUGCUGCACUCCUUUGUCUGUAAUUUAUUCUCGAGCAAAAUGAGCAGAAACAAUCCUUCCGUGAUAAGCAAUGUGUUGCAAAUGCCCACCACCAUCACCACGUUGCAUGGAAUGGUUCACUAUAUGUGCAAAAACUUCCACUUGAGGGAGAAAAUUUUUAAAAGGAAUAAAAGCAUGCACUUGUAUGAAGGGGCACAGCUGAUCACUCUAACGGAAGGGAUACUCCUUUCAGAGUGGCAGCUUAUUAACAGAGCCCACAGGAGAAACACCCUUCAGUUGAUAUAUCAUUACUUGGAGCAGUUUUCCUGCUUUGCACCGAUGAGGCAGGCGGUCAACGCCACGUCGACCUUGAAGUACCUGACGGAGGAAUACAACUCCCUGCUGAGCCACAUCAGAAGCAUGAAAGGAGAAAUUAGAUACCUCAUCCAAAUGGCGGGAUCGCCCGAUCUGCAGAAUGACCCCUUGGGGGAGAUGCUAUCGGAUUUACUCACCUUCAGGGUGCCGCACAAGUGGGAUGCCCUCUCCAGGGGGGAAAACGACUUGCGCGAAUUCUUUGCAAACGUGAAGAAGAAGCUGAGCUACCUGAGAAACCUGAUAAAGACAGAUCAGCGGGGAGGUAGACACGUCUACGACGUCUCUAUGUUUAGGAAUCCGCUGCUCUUCUUUUACUCGGUCUACCUCACCUAUGCGCGUAGCAUGAAUGUGCCAGUCAAUAGCCUGAACGUGUCCUUUAAGUAUUGCGACGGAAUUGGCGGGAACGAGGAUGGCAUCUGGCUGCUGCCCAUACGGACGUAUAAAGGCGAAUUCGUGACGACCUCCCAACCGUUCGUGCAUAGAUACAUCCACAAGAGAAAUAGCAUUUUCAUGAAAAUUUGCGACGAGGAAAACAGGCAAGUUGUACCAGCGGAUGGAAGAGAGGACAGUGGGGAGAUUGACCGGGAAGCUGGCCCCGAGGAAGGUACUCUUAACGACACCACAAAAACGGAAAUAGGGAACCCUACCCCCCAAAUGGACAACCAAGGUGAAGAGGUGAAUCACCCUAAUGGAGGACUGCCUCCACAAAAAGGAGAAGUCACUCGAAUCCAUAGAACCAAUAACUAUUGGGAAUACGCCCACAAGAAGGAAAACCAAUUUUACUACGACUCACCCUACAUUUAUGUGAGGAUAAAAAAAAACAAGCAGAGUGAAAACGCUCAAAAUGAAGGAAAUGAAAAAACUCACACCAGUGGCAUAUACAACGAGGAUGGCGAUAAGGGCGGUCUUAAUAAAAAUGGAAAGGAUGCACAAAAUGGGGACGGGUUCGAAAGAGAAAGAAGCAAUCCUGUUCAGUGUUAUGAGGAAGGGGGAAUGGAAAGGAUGAGUUUAUCUGGCUACAGUGCAGAUAAAUUAACAUGUGCCUUUAGCGCCUUCAAGAAUAACGACCCCUUCGAUAGGAACGACUUUGUGUUUUAUUGCCCCGUCUUGACUUUCAACCCGAAAACGCGAAAACAUGAUAAAACGCUCUUCUUCCUGCCCAUUCCGUGCAUAUACAGCAAGACAAUUUACAAGAAGCUCAAAGUGCACAUGUUACUGUAG